CAGAUAUCAUCUAGCAUGUGGAAUUAAAGAGAACUGCCUGCACAGUACCACAGACCUUCACUGUGUACCACGUCUUUGUGCAGAACACAUGAAUCCAGUUCCUCUAAAGGGCUGCCAGGCCGGGGGUCUGCUUCUGUGGAAAAGGAGUUGAUAAGUCAGACCACCAGGAUCGCCGUCUCUCAUUUGCCAUCCAUUGUCUAGACCACAAUAGUAUUUGCUGCCUUAGACAUAUAAACAUAUAUACGUAAAUAUUAACAUAAAUAUAGCCCUCUCUCAGUGUCAGCAUGCAUAGAGCAUCAGUGUGCUGUGCAGUGGUGCACACAUACCUCUGUCUGUUAGUGAGUGUGUGUUCGGGGACCCUGGCCACUACGGAGAGGCCUGAACUACAGGCACAGGAGUAUGCCCACUCCAUCCGUCUGGAUGGUGACAUCAUCCUCGGCGGGCUCUUCCCUGUGCAUGCCCGCGGUGAGCAGGGGUUGGCCUGCGGCGAGCUGAAGAAGGAGAAGGGCAUCCAUCGACUGGAGGCUAUGCUGUUCGCCAUCGACCUCAUUAACAAAGACCCAGAGCUGCUGCCAAAUGUCACAUUGGGUGCCCUCAUCCUUGACACUUGCUCACGUGACACGUAUGCCUUGGAACAGUCCCUAACGUUUGUCCAAGCGCUCAUUGAGAGGGACUCCUCGGACGUGCACUGUGCCAAUGGCGAGCCACCCGUCUUUGCCAAGCCAGACAAGGUCGUCGGGGUGAUUGGAGCUGCCACCAGCUCUGUGUCCAUCAUGGUGGCCAAUAUUCUGCGGUUGUUUGGGGUGAGUGCUAUUGUGUUCCUUCUUGUUUGGGUGCUUGGGUACUUUUUGUGUUUGUCAGUCUCUACUUUGUUUGAAAAGGAGAAAAAGGACAGCUGAGGAAAUGAAGGCUUAUCACUCUCAUGCUAUCAUUACAAAUACUCAUGUUGCUUGUUUGCU